UCUUACACAUGGAACAAUUGCUCCAUCUUGGCUUCAUUUCUUUAAAUACUCUUAAACUCAUUCACCUAAAUUCAUAUUUUCUGCAAUAUUUACACCAUGGGUGCUGCUCCUUUUACACCAAUCCCUGCAAACCAAACCGGUAGUUCUGGGGAGAGUUUGGAUUGCCCUCAGGCUCAGGUACCAUUAUAUACAACCCCAAAUUCUACCCUUUCCACUGUCUUACCCUACAAUGGCGUACACCCUUCUCCGGCCGCCGCCGCCGCCGCCACCAGCUACCCUGCACCGGCUGCUGCCACCGCCUUUCCUCCUCCUGGCAAUCCUGCAGUCCCAACUUCUUAUCCUCCCAAUCCCAAUCCCAAUCCCAAUCCCAAUCCUAACCCUAAUCUUAAUCCUAAUCCUAAUCUACCAAGUCAAAUGCCAUUUCUUUUCUCUUCAAGUUUAGCAGCUCCGGUUCCAUAUCCUCCGCCGGCGGCGGCGGCUUCGGCUGCUCCGGUUCAUUGUCCCACCUACUCUUCUAACUCCGAGCCAUAUGUGCCUGCCCCUUAUCCCCCUCAAACUCACUCAUCUUCUUAUCCUACCUACCCGUAUGCCCCGCCCGGUGCCGCCUACCCGCCACCACCCGGUGCCGCCUACCCACCACCACCCGCCGCCACCCCUGCCGGUGGUUAUCCUCCGCAACCUCCUCACGCCCCCGGUGUCUAUCCCCCAGUUUGGUCGAGUGGAAGUCCAUGGCCGCCAGCGCCGGCGAACGAACAUUACCAAAACCCUCCACCAUCCUUGGGUGUGUAUCCGCCGCCGCCAGCUGCCGGAGCUUAUCCGCCUCCCCAUUACUAAGCCCCGAUUCUGAACCCAAAUCUGCAUGCCAAUUCAGCACAGGAGGAGAGAGCAUACAAAUAAACUGAGCAUUACAUUUGUGAUUAUUUCUUUUUCUUUUUGUAUCAAAACAUCUUCUUUGACCAUAUACUUUAGUCCAAGAAUUUGGAAUCCUUAUACAAAGUGAAUGAAGUAAACCUCUCUCCAUUCAAUUCAGUAGUAACUACAUUCUUGAUUGAUCAAAAAUCAAUUUAAUCAGACAUAUGGUGUUCUUGGAUCCAUGUAUGAUUAUUGUGUAUAUGAUUCAGUGCAAAUAGCAAACUUUUUUUUUU